UUUGCCUGAAGCCGGCUCUGGGUUCUGCUGUUGGUGCCGGUUACUCACAGGCAGCCUCGUCCUCGUCCAAACGGCGUAACUGUACAGCCUGAACUCGCUGUCUCAAUAAUCUACAGUCAUUGAAUAUUAGUGCUGUAGGCGACCGAGCAGGUCGUUUUGGUCAACUCCCAUUGAAAAUCGGUGAAGUUGUCCUUCAGGAAACAGUGAAAGGUUACGCCUAAUGAUGUGAAACUGAUUUCUGUUCACCUUUCUAGUCGAUACUUAAGGAACAAGUCCUAGUUCACCAGGUUGUCACUGUAGGAAAGAAGACCUGUGUGUGCACAAUUUCCUUGCAGAUUGUCUCUCACUAGAAGAAAAUGGCUACAACUGACUUCACAGACACAACUAUACCUGAUUACGAAGAUGAAAUAUGCAACAAAACCAGCGUCAUUGAGUUCGGAGCCAUCUUCACUCCGGUGUUUUUCUCCAUUGUGGUUAUCCUAAGUCUCUUUGGCAACAUCCUGGUCAUUGUGAUUCUGGUCAAAUUUGAGAAUCUCAGAUCCCUCACCAACACUUUGAUCCUGAACCUGGCUGUGUCCGACCUCUUCUUCACUGCGGGUCUGCCUUUCUGGGCAUCCUACCACAUGUACGGGUGGACUUUAGGGGAGGCUGCAUGCAAAACAGUCAGCUUCAUCUUCUACACUGGAUUCUACAGCAGCGGCUUCCUCCUCAUCCUGAUGACGGGGCAUCGUUAUGUAGCUGUCAUGAGUCCUCUGUCUGACAUCGUGUCCUCCACAGGGCUCUCCAGCGUCAUAGCCUCUGUCGUCGUUUGGGCGUUGAGCAUCGUCGUUGCCAGUCCAGCUUUUGUCUUUACUAGCUUGCUGGAGGAGACUUACUGCACAUAUGUGAGCUCCUACUGGACCGUGUGGGGAAUUUACCAGCAGAAUGUUCUGUUUGUCAUCAGUUCGGUGGUCUUCGUCCUGUGCUACUCUCAGAUCAUCUGCAGGCUGCUGCUGCGUCCUACUACUCAAAGAAGGAGAAGUAAAACCUUAAAACUAAUUUUUUCCCUCAUUGUUGUCUUCUUCGUUGGCUGGGGACCUUACAACAUAGUCAUAUUCAUGCAGUCAUUUGAUUACUACCCGCAGAAAUCGUCUUACUCUGCAGCAAAAUGUGAAUUUUCCAAAUCACUGGAUUAUGCUUUGUACGUGAGUCGCCUCCUGGCCUUUUCACACUGCUGCCUCAACCCGGUGUUCUAUGUGUUCGUGGGGGUCAAGUUCAAAAAUCACUUAAAGAAAAUGCUGAAGAGCUGGGGCCGCAGCAAACGCCACAUAAGCAACAGGCAGAGUCGGCUCACGAUCACAUCACAAACGAGUGGGGAGGAGUUCUCAAUGUAGACACAGCAGAAGAGGAAGAAAAUCUCCAGCAUUGAGAAAGGUUCUCGGCUUUCAUUUUCACACGGUCCUGAGUCAUAGCAUCAUCCCAGCGACCAUAACACACAGCCCAGCGUGCUCACUUGGCCGCCACAGUCCCAUACAGACCAACGUGCAGCUGAUACACAUGCACCGGCUUGGGGAAGUUGUCUGUGUGGUUUCAAUCUGACUGUUGCUCCAUGUAUGAAAAGCCUCGUAUGACCUUCUCUGAGAACAGAACCCUGUGAUCUGUGCAGAUCGAAAUGAUGUAACAUUUUGUGAUUGUCUUCAAUCAACUGCUUUUAUUUGAUGUGUUCCUUUUUACAUUCAAGCUUUUAAUGAAUCGUGCAGACAAGAAUAAUUUAUUAUUUGUUACAUUGUCAAGAUAAUAUCAAAAUGAUCACGUUUUAAAAUAAAAUAAAUUGUGGAUUCA